AUGACGACGCAGCCAUCAAUUCGAAGACUCGUUCCACUCUUUUUUUCUGUUUUCAUUGCUUCAACAACGUCAGCCAUAAAAACGUACCAAAAAUUCGUUGGCCUUCCAGAAACUGGCGAUAGAGUGGACUACAGUAACGCCAGUGAACACAGCAGGACUUUGAUUAUUCGCCACAAUUUACCAGUGAGUGAUCGGUGCCCUGUUAGGUCGAGGAUCGGUAGAUUUUAGUAAGAUUUUCGUUAGCUGUUAACGGCGAUCAAAAACUUUUUCAAGUUUCUUUUUUUUUGUGUGUGUUUUUUUUAGUAUUUCGUUUUAUUUUGGUCACUUCUCUUAUUUUUUUAAACGUGUUUCUUCUCUCGGCCUCUUUCCCUUUUUUUUCUUUGUCGGGAUGCGCAGACAACAGCGAAUUUUGUUGUACGUCCAAACAACUGAAGGACUCUUAGCGGCGUUCCCUCUAGUCAAGUUGAGUGUCUCUUUUAUUAGUUAUGAAAUAUUGUCUAUGUUGCAUUUAUCGUCUCUUUUCUUAUAACAGGGAAAAAUAUUUUUUUACGAGAGCAGCGAAUUUUGGAUCGAACUCCUCACCACAACCCCAGAGGACGACAAUAAUUCACUCGUAAAGAUAUCUUACACAGCACUUGCGGAUAACAAUUCAAUAUUGUUAGAAGUGGUAAGUCUUUUUUAACUAUUUAUCGACUACCUUGCCACAAUCUAGUCCAGUGAUAUAUCAUGAACUAACCCCUACCUGCCCAAACAUACUUCCAGCUAACCCUCUCCCUUCCUACCUAUAGACCUGCCUCCUUAUCUCUUUACUAACCUGCCUAUCUGCUUUACUACCAAUCUUCCUACUUACCUACCUCUUUACUAACCUCACUCCUCCCUACCCCUCCCUCUCUCUCUCUCUCUCUCUCUCUCUCUCUCUCUCUCUCUCUCUCUCUCUCUCUUCUAACUUUCUCACCGGCCUAAUAAACAAAGUACCUACACUGGGCCGUAAAUGUAGCCCCCCCUCUUUUUUUUGGAAAUAAUUUAAUAAAAUAGUCAAGAACAGAUGCCUUGAGUCUUAAAACAUAUUGCAUCGCAAAAAGUGUCUGAAAAUGUGCGGAAUGGGAUUAGAGCGUGUCUUGAUUUUCAAAAGUCACCGUGGGAGGAUGCUCCCGGACCCGCCUAUUGGGUUGAGCUCAGUACCCACCAUUAAACACCCACAACUGUGCUAUCCGUUGUGCCCCCUAAGUUCAAAACUUGUUCAUACGGGCCUGCUACUUACUCCCAAAUAUGUAGUUGGGCCUCCAUGAAGCUAAGGCCUCUUUUCGCCUGUCACCAUCAACAUAUAAACGCUACCAUUUCUUUCUUCAGUACGCGCCCCAAAUCAAGCUGUCAGCUGACACAAAUGGAACAGAGAAGCUUCUAGUCAUCAUUUUCAGUGCAUUGGUAUCAUUUUUCAUCCUUGGACUCAUGGUGUCCGCACUGUGUUAUUUUUGUUACUGGAAAAAGCGGCAAAAAACAGAUGCAAACGAGUCAGUUGAAGGUUUGUGCUUUAUAUUGGCAUUCAUCUCCAGUGCUUUUAAAUCUAAAUAUCAAUUCUAACUGCAGAUAAUAUUUUAGAUUAAUCGUUCUGCUCAGUUGCAAAACAAUCAGAAGAGGAUAUUUUUGGCAUCAAUUGUAACACCAAAUUAUUUUUGACCUGAACAUAAUUGUUGACACUGAUAAGAAAAAAAGGGGCAUUUUUUUAUACAUGUACUCUUCUUGAAUAGACAUUUCGAGAACCUCCUACCUGAGUUCUUCCCGUACCAGUCUGAAUGGUGUUGGACCCUCACCGAGUGGUACACAGUUCUUAGUGGUGGCCGUUUGCGCAUGUGCGUUACACGCUCAGCUGCAGACAGCGAACGUGGAAAUUACUAUUUACUUUCCCAGAGAAUUUCUUCGUUCAGACUCCAGAGUUUUUUUGAAGUCAGAAAAUAAUAAUGAAGUGAGAGUUGCAACCAACGAUACAAGGCUGAAAAUCAACAUUUUUGGUAAGUACAUAUUUUAACUUUGUCUUUCUUGUCCACAAUUAAAAAAAAAAAAAAAAAAGAACAAGAAAAAAGUGGCUUGUGUGGUUAAUCCUGGUGAUUUUGGGAGGAGCUUGGCACUCAGUCUGCCUGUGCGAACGGUCGCUACUAACUAUAAAACUUACAGGAUAAUAUAAACAGAAUAUGGAAGCGAUCUUCGCAGUAAUUAAGCAGUAGUGAAAAUAAGGCCUGAUAAGAAUUCAGGCCUGUACGGGAUUUGAACCAAAAUAAACCCGUGAAGACCGUAAUUUCACCACUGCUUAAGUAGUGUUCAUUACUACAAGGAUCGCUUCCAUAUUCAUUUCUUUAUCCGCAGUUCACGUACAUGAUUUCCAUAUAUUUACAGUCAUAAUAUAAACUAAGAGUUUGUAAUCUCCUGGUUGUUUAUCAAAAAACAUAAGGUUGAUGAGAGUAAAUCGCCCUAUUAGCACUUUCAGAGCAACUUGAAUUACGGCAAAGGAGUUUCUCAUUCGACUUAUCAACCUAUAUAUGGUGCGUGGAUAACAGCUUAUCAUCUGGCUUAUGGUCAAGGGGCAGUUGCUUGUCCUAAACAUAAGGCUGAGUAGGCUACUUGUAACCCUUGAAGUUGACUUGAGGUUCAGAUAUCAGCAACAACUUUGCGCAUUCGGUAUUUGGGUGAAGCUCCCUCGGCAUAUUAUUAAACAUAAAUAACUUAGGAAAAAUAACAUGUUUGGCUCUGAAUAAUGAGAUUUUCAAAAUACAUGUAUUCUCUCAAUCCUUCUUCAAUUAAAGUGACUUCUUCAUAGAAAUGAGAUACCGAUUGUGUGAUUUUCCUGAAUUUUUUCAGACGUUCCCAACGCCGGAUUCAUUUCUGAGAAUAGAUGUUUUGAUAAAAAUACAUCAUGUAUUAACGGUGCCUGUGAUCCUAUGGUGGGAAAAUGCGUCUGUCCAAGGAGAAUGCGAGCUAUCAGACUUAAGGGUGGCAAUGAAGAGGACAUGCGAUGUGUGUUCAGUAAGUUGGUCCCAGAAACUAAUCAUUAGAUAUAUCUGUGGACUGAGUGUUCUAUUGAUCAUUUCAGCAACAUGAUGUAGUUUACUUCUAAGAUUUUCGGUUCACCACACAGACAAGAUUUGUUUGUAGGACUUGCUUCAUCAUUUUUGUUUUCUUGAGAACUUUGUAAAGAAAACCUUAAGAAUCUUCUGUUCCUUUUUUUUUGUUGAUGUAAAGAAUGUGAUCAAAAGUGCCAGAGUGGUUUCUUUGAAGUUUCUUCUUGCAAUCACACGCAUCAAGCUGUAUGCAAAAGUAAGUUCACUCAAGAUAUCAUUUCGUACAAGUUGUUGAUCCUUUGCAUUAGCGUUUAUAUAAAUAAGUGCAUUGCUAUUAUGAAUAUAAUCACGAUUUUCUUUUACAUUGGCUACAUAUGCAAAAUCUGAUAAACCUGAGUUGUACUGUUUGCAAAAACAUGUGAACAAUUCAUUGGGGGUCAAUUAACUAAAAUUUUGAGCUACAUGCUUAAUUCAUUUCAAUUACCUAUGUUUUGCGUUUAAUAUUUCAGAGUGUCGUCCUCAGUGCAGUUUUAAGGAAUUUGAAUCCGUUCAAUGCACCGGAAAAACAGACAGAAAUUGUACUGGUACAGUCACAUUUUAGUUACAUGCGAUACUGUUUCCGUUGCUUAGGUUAUUUACAGUCAUGAAUCCAACGACAAACGUCUUCACCCUAACAUUCUGAUUCAUUUUAUUUUAGACAUAUCCCAACUGCCUCACAUUCAAGUUUCUCCGAACAUUGUCUAUGAAGAUGUUUUAAAGGUAAGAACGGAACUGAAGGCCAGGGCCCCAGUUGUUCGAAGGCCGAUUAGCGCUAAUCCAAAGUUAAAUUUUAAUCUGGGUUUAUUUAUUCCUUUAUUCAAAAGCCUUUUUGGGAUAGUUUCUUGCCUUCUUUUUAUAGCAUCAUAUAAUCAUAUUCUAGACAAAAAGAAUUCGACUGAAUUUUCUUUUAAGCUAUCAGAUCUGAAAUUAAAUUUCACACUAACCCUGGGUUAUCUUAAUCUAGCUUUGAAAACCGGAGUAUUGUAUUUGCUCUUUUGUUCAGUAUCGGUGGCCAUAUGCUUAAGUAAGCGGUUAUGAUCACCUAAAGCCCAGUGCUGCUUGAGGUGAUUCCUGAGGGCAUUUGUCCUAGGCCUGACCCCAUCUGAAAUUACUGGAACUUUCUCACUUUCCUGAGGGAAUCCACCUACAAGAACUUGCCUUUAAAAAAAAAUUCCUUUACUCUCCUUAGGCUAAAGAUGAUAUACCACUAAGAAAAACUGUCAGCAAUGACUCAAGCUCUUCUAGCCUCUGGUUUAACCGAUCAAGUGGUCUGGCGAUAAAGCUUCGAAUACUAACCAUCGACUACGGCACGACCUUCCGUGAAGUCAAACAUGACGCUAACGACAACAGUAAGCUUCCAAAAGACGUGACUUCACAGAUUGUCCUAAGGGAAUUAUGCAGCUCUCCAGUUCCGGACUAUUACCGGAUAGAUUUAGAGGAAUCUUCUGAAAACGUGCAGAUUAUUAAAGGACAACCGAACACUCCUUGCCCAAGGUAUGAUGGGAAGUUGAAAACUCUGCCGACCGAAGGAAAUAUACUUUCGUGUAAUGGCGCUGAAAAUCCCGUCGUUAGGCUAUUUGGCGUCGAAAACAGGAACCAAGACUAUUGGAAAGAAGAGAGUUCCAAAGCUUGUCACACACUAAGGAACGAUUGCAACAAAUGUCGCAAUGAAUGUACGAUUAGUUCCUUAAAGAACCCUGUCUGCUCUCUAACAAGGAGCAAUACCUUACAUGACUCGAAGCAAGAGUAUGGAGAGCACUUUAUGUAUUGCUUUGAUUGCUGUUUCCGAGAGAACUGCACCUGUUCGAGCUGUGCGUGUACGCAUUACAAAUCUUCAUGCAUCGAUUCACAGGUCACUUGCGUUGGGGAAAAACAGUUCAUCAUUCCUAUCACACCUGUAUUUUCCAGUGGGGGACAUUUCAAAUGUCACGUGAAGUUAUCGAGAGGUCCCGUAUUCGAGUUCGAGGCGUCUCUAUGGAAAGAUGGAAAGUUUUUGAGGAAAAUUCAAGAGAAACGCGACAAGAACUAUACCCAAGAAACUGGUCGAGAAACGACAAGCUACGACUAUGGUUACAUAGUUUUAAGACAUUCCUCCAAGAUCAGAAAUAACUUGGGAACUUUUUUGAUGAUAAGUGGCAAAGUUGGAGAGUCAAACUUCAGUGUGGGCUGGUAUAAAACCGAACAAAAAUCAGAACCACACAACACCACUGACAAGCUUUUUAUUCAACCUACAGAACCUUUUAAAAUAAACACGAACAGUUGGCCACAAGAUAACUGCCAAACUUUCGACGCAGAGAAAUUUUUGUUAAUCUCACCCAAAGCAUCAAUAAAUAACUUUGAAGAGCUAACACAAGUUACGGCAAAAGUAGCUCAUGAGGAUAGUGGACGAGUGUAUAAAGUAUUCAACAACUCAGGCUCGCAAGAAGUCCAUGUUGAGGUCCCAUCUGAACGCUCCAUACUGCAACAUGUGUAUCCAGGGACGGUUAUAUUGAAUGAUAACUCGUUUGCUGGAAAGCUUUUGAGAAAUAGGACAUUCUGGACCAUACGUUUAACUGGACGAGUCAGCACCUGUCCAGGGUUUUUUGUGGCGAGGCUGACGGAUCAAGACCGACCAGAUGUAAACGUUUAUUACUAUGACAUUGGUAAGUUCCGCCAUUACUCCUUUACGUGGUGGACAAAUGCAUAGAGGAAGGGGUUGAAGGCUAUCCCAAUUUCAAAGUGCUUUAAAGGAGCACUCGAUAUUUUGUUCUAAAGAAGCUUUCUAUUUAUUUCAUGAAAAAUUUCCAAAAUUGUUUCGAGAAAAGCCUUCCAUGUGAUCAUAAUACUCAAAGGGUUAAAUUAACAGAUAAUUCGAAACUCAAACCAUGAACGUGCUGUCAGUUUCCUUGAGCGCUGGUGCACCAGUAGAAGAAAAUGCGCAAAUUCCUAUGAUGUAAUCCUUGGAUUGUAACAAGAAUCCCCGCAAAUAUUUCAUCACAGCCCAUCUGUUGCGAAAAAUAUUUGAAAAUAAUUCAUUUAGACUUGUUUUUAUUGUCACUUAAUUUUUCAGCAAUAACGAAUGAAGACUGUCUCUUCCAAGUGGAAUUCAAUCUUCCCUCUGGUGGUGACGCAAACUUGAUCGAUAAACAGUUUGUUGUUCGCCUAACAGACUCCCGCAAGACUUUAAAACUCAUCCUCGUUAGUCCAAGAAGGAUACCUGAAUUUAAACCACCUGACAAUGACGAAACUUUUGAUCUGAAAAAGCUAGAAGUCUUUAUUCCAUUUGGUGGGGCAGCAGGAGGGAUGUUUCUCUUCUUUCUAGCAAUUCUUAUUUACGGUUAUAAAACACGCCCAAAAGAUAGCUACCACCGUGAUCGGGAUAAUGAACUACAUUUCAGGCAUAUCUUGUUUGUCGUCUGGUUUGUUGGAGUAAGACUUGUUAAGAGUUUCCUGUUAACACUGACUGCCCUGUUUGUAAUUCUGACUGCUAUUCACCAUACGAAUGUAAAGACACUCGAGAAAUACAAGACCUUUCACGAGCAACAGGCAAAACUGGAAGAAAAGUUUCUUCAGGAGAUGGACAAGCACAAAGCACAAGAAAUAGAUCGCCAAUGGUCGCUUCUCAGUGAAGGAAAGGCAGCUUGUGAGAAAAAUUUAAAGGCGCUGAACGUGUUCUUAGAGAAACAUUUCAGGGAAAUGAGAGAAAGACAGGAAGAAGAGAUGAAGCGGAAAUCUAUCCUGUACGCGGCGGAGGAUCGGAUCAAGAAACAAUUUUCUGCGUCAAAAGCAAAAUUCGAAAAGGAGAGGAAGCGACUUAAUGAGCGACUGGAGGCGUAUAGUAAUGAAAUAAAUACCAGGAUCUCACAGAUUCAAGCGAAAAUAGAGAAAAGCUUUUGGUUGAAGGUUGCUAAAGGACUUUACAAGUCUUUGGAUGGUCUAUCGAGAGCUUUUGGUGGAGGAGGUAUCAAAAAACCUUUUAUCGAGUGGGUCGGGCUAUCGGUCAAUUUUCCGAGUGUAAAGGCAAAACUUCCAUCGUUUGACGACAUUUUCCAAACUUUCGACAGUGAACCACCCAUCGACUCAAAAAGAGCACAAGACAUCAAUCUCACUAUGUGGCAGAGAAAAACUCAGAUAAGCGCAAAAGUAAAUAUUCAGCAAGUAUCAGCUCCAAACGUUAACAUAUCACGCAAUCUGCGUAUAGAAAGAGCGGAAGAGUUGUUAGCUUUAGAAUGGAUCGUGCAGCUCUACAGGAACGGGAUUUUCAUAUCUGUAUUGAUUGUUUUUGAUGUUCUGUGGUUUGUUUAUCGGCAUUGUAGAACAUACCAGUUGGCGAUUGUGCUUCUACAUGGCUUUCCGAAAGUGUUCAAGCUGGAAGAAAUACAAAAAAAAGAGGAGAAAAAGGAGGCCAAGAAGAAGAGGAAGGAAGAAAAGGCAAGGAUAAAUAAACAAAAAAACGAAGCAAGAGGAAACGAAAAAGAGACAAAGGUUGAUGAAUUUAAUAUGAAGAAUCCAAAUCUCGAGGAUUCUUCCCGCCCACCUCGAUUUAUUGACUCUUCCCAAGAAAGUCUAUUGGAUCAAAGUCAAGAUUCGCUUCUAAAUGUUAGAAGUGACCAACCUGACAAAGAGAUCACUUUGCAAGAGUCAAAAAGCAAGAGAGCCACUCGACUUGGAUUAAAGGGGCUUGACAAUCUUAACAAGGUUUUUCUAAAGUUUCUGGUCAAACUCAAACAGCUUAAUUAUCAAGUAAGUAAUUCAUAUCGGUGUAUAUAAUUAUUAUUAUUUUAUCUGUAGUCCUUUAAGGGAGCUUAAUCCCCAAAAUAUGUAAUGGUACUUUUUUUCACCUGCUGUAAACUUCUAAGCUCACCGCGUAAGCCCUUGCUCUCUGGCACGGCCUGAGAGUUGGCAACCAAAUCAUGGGGUUACAAGCUCAAGACAGGAAACAAACCAACGUAUUGAUUCGUCAUGAUCAAAACUAAUUUAAUCUGCUGCGCAUUGAUUUCUUGACUUCGCACCCCCUUGCUCUCUAGAAUCUUAUUAAUUUGUACCUUUGUUUCUCGUUAUAGAUCAACAACACAAAUUUUGUUCCGAUGUGUUUGCUGUUGGUAAUUGCCAUUUUGUCGGUAUAUGUUGUCAUAAUAACUGCUAAGCACUCCAUGAACGUCGAAACUAUGGAAAUUGUUGGAUAUUUCGACCUUAAAAUGGCACCGCUUCUGACCAUGAGGAAGAUUGUCAACACAAGAAUAACAUCAAAUGCUUUUUUGGUUAAUGACGUCCAUAUUCCGUACUACGAGAACAGGUAAUUAAUCAUCUCCUCUCCAACCGUGAGGGAUAAAAAUGAAGAUAGACCGUCCAAACUAACAGAGUUUUUCCCAUAAAGUUGUAUCGUUUUGCUUUUGUUCAAGUGUUGGAACUAAAUUCUUUUUCCAAAUUUAGUCGAUUGAAAUGGAAAAGUUGUUUGGAAUCGAUCAGUUUUUUAUUCAAAAUUGAACGGAUUUUUCGAUAAUUAGUUCUCUUGACACCCGUUAUGGCAGAGUGCCAUGCGUUCUCUUUGUUAAGGGAAAUAUCAUUGUUGAAAAAUGACAAAUGCGAUGUAUCAUUUCUUGGUCAAACUUUGACAUUGUCGUAAACAAAAACACUACCAUUUUGAACACCGAGUCAAAUUAGUCGGAUUGUGGAUGCAGCCUGGCACUCCUUCCCAUAAUGCAAUUUGUCCCUUCCUCCGACCAUCCAGCCAUAAAUCCUUGAUCUGUACCGUUGUAUGGUUCGAAAGUUUGUUCAUUCGGCUCAUUUUUAUCUUCUUUUUUUUUAUACUUUUCCUUUUUCAGAGUGAAUACAAGAAUCUCGUUCUACAGAAAGAAGGCUGAAAUGUACCAGGCGUAUCAAUGCGCAAAAGCUGACUUGCAUAAUGAAGAGUACUGCUCGUGGGCUCAGGAGCCUGGAAUGGAUUGUGAUGGAGUGGGACCGUAUAGCAAGGACUUUUUAAACAAGCUGACGCAGUUUGAAUGUAACUUAGAACCGGUUAUUCCACAGAGGUGAGUUGCAAUCCAAUAAUUUUCAUGAAUUUGGGUUGGAGAGCGCAAGUAUUAUCCUCGAGUUAUUCCCAGUAAACUCUCGUUUCAUGCCUUAAUUCGUGUAAAUAACAAUUUUUUUAGUUCAUUAGCAACAACGUAGGGGAUGGGGAUUCACGCCAUCCAGGAUAGCCACCGGAAUGGCCAUUGAGACUUGCUUCUUUUCUUUUUGUUGGAGUUUUCGCCAAUUUUAGCAAAUAAGUAGAGCUUUUAUCUAAAUUCUUGUGGUUUGAAACAGUUUCAGUUUUAUGCAUGCAGCUUUUCGUUCAUUUCAGUGGAAACCGCGAAGCUUCCUUUUAUUUUUAAUAUUACGCCUCUUAACCCAUUAGCCGUCCUCCACCAAACUGUACGAAAUAAGUAUGAGUGAUGCAGAAAUUAAAACGAUGUUAAGACGACAGAUACUAUUGGAAGAGCAAGCUAAUUUUUCACGUGCAAUGUUUUUGUUUUUGUUUUUUUUUCAGAUUUACCAAGUUCGACCGUUUUCGUUACAAAGAAGUCCACAAAAAGGCUCUAUCUCCUUAUUUGGCAGCCCUUCGAGGAGUUAUCUUGGACACGUUUUACAUGUUUUUGGUUAUCAUUGGUAUUGUCAUCCUCUCCAAAGUACUGGAAAUCGCAUUGUUUUUCUUGCUUAAGAGAUUCGAUCUAGUACGCCAAGUUAAACACUAUCAAACGCACCGAGACCUCAAGGGGGAGUUAAGUGUUCCACAUUGUAUCAAAUAUCCUUCAAAUGAGAGCAUCAUUAGGCAUGUGGGACCUCUUCACAUGUCCAACGAGAUGAUAGCGACGUUUGGGUCGAACAUCCACGAAGGAAAAAGUAUCCAAUGGAUCAAGUGAAGAAUAAAAUCGUUUUGAUCCCAAUAUUUCUGACCAUGGACUACUUUUAAACUAGAGCUAUUAAAUGAAAUAUCGUGGUUGUAAAUAUUAUUGAAAUUUCUUCUUUUUAAAAGCAAUUGAAAUGUAGUGUUAAUCCUUGUCUAUUUUUGAUGACAUCGCUAGGCAACGAUUGACACUCUUUUCUAAAGAACGUUUGUAUGGCAAAAUCGUGCAAUCCUGAUUAAGUUGUCAAAUAGGCACAUUUGGAGAAACUUAAAAUGUCAUUCCUAAAGACCCC